ACGGCAGUAAACAUGGCUUCCAACUUCAGCGGUGUGCUGCAGUUGACAGAUCUGGAUGAUUUUAUCACCCCCUCUCAGGGAUGUGUAAAACCUGUCAAAAUAGAGAAGAAACAAGGAGCAUCUGUGGCUAAAAUUCAAAUAGAAGAUGAUGGCAGCUACGUCCAAGUCAACCAGGAUGGUGGGAAGAGGAAGCUGGAGAAAGCAAAGAUCACACUGAACGACUGUUUGGCCUGCAGUGGCUGUAUCACGUCAGCUGAGAGCGUCCUCAUCACACAGCAGAGCCACGAGGAGUUCUUUAAAGUGCUGCGCAACAACAAGGACAAUGCCACUGAGCAGAAGGUUGUGGUGGUGUCAGUGUCGCCGCAGUCCAGAGCCUCCCUCGCAGCACACUUUAACCUCAGCAGUAGUGAGGCAGGCAGGAGACUUACUACUUUCUUCAAAGGCCUUGGUGUUCAUCAUGUGUUUGACACUAGCUUUAGUCGGACCUUCAGCCUGCUGGAGAGUCAGAGAGAGUUUGUGGAGCGGCUCCAGAGGAAGGAGCAGGACAGCAAGGCCCUGCCCAUGCUGACAUCUGCCUGUCCAGGGUGGAUCUGCUAUGCGGAGAAGACCCACGGGGAGUUUAUUCUUCCAUACAUUAGUACCACUCGCUCCCCCCAGCAGAUGAUGGGUUCACUGGUUAAAGGCUAUUUUGCUGAUCAACAGGGCCUGAGUCCACAUCAGAUCUACCAUGUGGCAGUAAUGCCAUGCUUUGACAAGAAGCUUGAAGCCUCGAGGUCAGACUUCUACCUGGACAAGGCUGAGACCAGAGAAGUGGACUGUGUCAUCACUUCUGGAGAGGUUCAGAAAAUGCUAGAGGAGGAACAUUUGUCCCUUAAUGAUUUGGAGCCUGCAGCCCUCGAUAAAAUGUUCAGCAGUGUUUGUGGGAAUGAGUUCCUGAGCCAUGCUGGGAGCGGAUCAGGGGGUUACCUCCAUCAUGUCUUCACCUAUGCUGCCAAGCGGCUGUUUGGAGAGGAAGUGAAGGAACUCAAAUACAAGACCCUCAGGAAUAAAGACUUCCAGGAGGUGACUCUUGAGAAAGAUGGAGUAGUCCUGUUGUCCUUUGCUUCCACAUACGGCUUCCGCAACAUCCAGAACCUGGUGCAGAAACUGAAGAGGGGAAAGAUGCCUUACCACUUUGUGGAGGUCAUGGCCUGUCCAUCAGGUUGUCUUAACGGUGGUGGACAGGUGAAGGCCUUACCAGGUCAGAACCCAAAAGAGCUUCUCAAGAAGGUUGAGGAGCUCUACAUGGCAGAGCACUCCCAGUUGCCAGAAGAUGACACUGAUGUGGCAGAGCUGUAUGAGACCUGGCUCCACAGUUUGGGGGAGGAGAAAGCCAAAGAGCUGCUGCACACACAUUACCACACCGUGGAGAAGAUGAUCAAUGGACUCACGAUGAAGUGGUGAUGAAUGACUCAAGAACCGUCCAGAUAUGACAGUGUUAGUCUGUCCUGUGAGAGAAGGGAAGGGUUAUGUGGGCAAACCCGAAUUUAAGCAGGUUUGAUGUAUGCCAGCAAACUUAAACCACUUCUUCCUUUGUCCAAAAGCUGUGCGCCUGGCAAGGUGGAAGACCAGGGCAGAGAUAAUGACAUAAUGCCUAAGCAAAGCCAAAUCAUGUGUAUGGUCUGACAAUUCUGCCUUACACUACUGAUUGUCCUAUAAAAUGUAUCAAUAGUAAAUCAUUUGUGUGCUACUGUUACACUUUGAAAAUGUAAACCGAAUUAACACAGAAAAAUAUAAUCAUUCCUCAUUUAUUUAACCUAGUGAGU